UUGUCUUGUAUAAAAAAAUGGCUUGUGAUUGUUUUAUGUGGGGGUUACUUAUGUUUGGAUGCAGCAUACAAGCAUUGUUAGCUGCAUCCAAAGAUGACCCAUUGGAAUAUAUGAACAAGGAAGAACGAGAAGCAUUAAAGGAAGAAGCCAGGGAUAUGUUUUAUCAUGCAUAUAAUGCUUAUAUGGAUAAUGCAUAUCCUGCCGAUGAAUUAAUGCCAUUAAGUUGCAAAGGGCGAUAUAGAGGAUCAGAACCAAAUAGAGGUGAUAUAGAUUCCACAUUGGGAAAUUUUUCACUUACAUUGGUUGAUACAUUAGACACACUUGUGGUACUGGGAGAUUUAGAUGAAUUUGAAAAUGCAGUUAAACUUGUUGCCAGAGAUGUUAGUUUCGACACAGAUGUUAUUGUUUCUUUAUUUGAGACUAAUAUUAGAAUGCUUGGAGGUCUUUUGAGUGGUCACAUAUUAGCAGAGUAUUUACAACAAAGAGCUGAUAUAAUGCCAUGGUAUCGUGGUGAACUUUUAAAUUUAGCCAAAGAUUUAGGAUACAGAUUUUUACCUGCAUUUAACACAACUACAGGAAUACCAUAUGGCAGAAUAAAUUUAAAGCAUGGUAUGAAGGGAGUAUCUCUAGAAGUAUCAAGAGAAACAUGUACAGCCUGUGCGGGUAGCAUGAUUUUAGAAAUGGCAGCAUUGUCGAGAUUAACUGGAGAAUCAAUUUUCGAGGAAAAAGCACAAAAAGCAAUGGAUGUUUUAUGGAAAAUGCGUCAUCGUGGUACCGAUUUAAUGGGUUCUGUAUUAAACGUACAUUCUGGGGAUUGGGUACGAAGAGAUUCUGGAGUUGGAGCAGGUAUAGACUCCUACUAUGAAUAUUGCCUUAAGGCAUAUAUUUUAUUAGACGAUGAAAAGUAUCUUGGCCGGUUUAAUAAACAUUAUCAAGCUGUAAUGAAAUAUGUUAGCCAAGGACCGAUGUUGUUAGAUGUACAUAUGCACAGACCAAAUACAAACUCCAAAAAUUUCAUGGAUGCUUUAUUGGCUUUUUGGCCGGGUCUACAAGUAUUAAAAGGCGAUAUUAAACCUGCUGUUGAAACGCAUGAAAUGCUGUAUCAAGUUAUGCAAAGACAUAAUUUUAUACCAGAAGCAUUUACUACUGAUUUUCAGGUACAUUGGGGACACCACCCAUUAAGGCCAGAAUUUCUUGAGUCAACAUAUUUCCUGUAUCGUGCUACAGGUGAUCAUUAUUAUUUGGGAGUUGGGCGUAAGGUACUCAAGAGUCUGCAAACUUAUGCCAGAGUACCGUGUGGUUACGCAGCUGUAUCAGAUGUCAGAACUAAUAAACACGAUGACACAAUGGAUAGCUUUGUAUUAUCGGAAACUUUCAAAUAUUUAUUUCUGUUAUUCACGGAGCCAGAUGAAUUAAUUUUAGAUUUGGAUGAAUUUAUUUUUACAACCGAAGGACAUUUAUUACCGUUGACACUUGCUUCUAUAAGGACUAACGUUUCUUCGCAAGAUUUUGAGCGCGAUGUCGUACACGUGGACGAAAUGGAUCGCACUUGCCCCAACAGCCUACAUCUGUUUCCUGCGUCGGUGCGACAACCUUUGAGAAACAUGGUUGAAGAUGUAUGUCCAAGACGGGCAAUAAAAAGGAGAUUAAGCGCUGCACAAUUUCAGGCAAAUAAUUUGGAACAUUUAAAGUUGUUGAGUGAUAUGGGAAUAACAACUUUAACUUUGGCAGAUGGACGUGUUCAAUUUUCGUACACAUUUUCUAAAGCAAAAACACCACAAGAUUCGGAAGAAGGUUCACUAUUCAUGCAAGAAACAGUGGAAAUAAAUAUAAUGGAGUCCCAACAAGCUGAAACUAAACCACAAGCAGUCACAUUUGUAAAACCAAAUACAACUCCACCUCAAAAAGUUACAUUAUUAGCUGGGCCAGCACAUUUUGGAUUGAAAUUACAAGGAUCAAAUAAAAUAACCGAAAAAGUUAUUUUUACAUAUCCGUCUGCUGCUUGUACCGAUCUUCUUAAUGCUGAGGAAAUCGCAGGCAAAAUAGCAAUAAUGGAACGUGGCAGUUGUAUGUUUAUAGAAAAGACAAGGCGAAUUCAACAGGCUGGCGCCGUUGCUGGAAUAGUAUUGGAUAAUGUUGAUGGUUCUAGUGCCGCAACUUCACGUAUGUUUGCAAUGUCAGGGGACGGAAAAGAAGUGGAUGAUGUAAUUAUUCCAGUUGUGUUUUUAUUUAGCAUCGAGGCUUCUGAAUUACUAAAAUCUAUUGCUGCUGCAAAUGGCGAUCUCACAGUUACUCUUGGAAGUUUCUUUCCAAAAGACGACGUUCAAUUAAAAGCACCCACACAACAAAUGACACCACAGACAUCUCCAAGCAGCGGGACACAUUUGGACGUGGUCAAACAUCGACCAGACAUAGUCAUUGUUCAUAAUCUACGUGCAGAAAUAAUCAAAGAUCCACUCGGUGGGGAAGUAAGAAUUACGUCGUCGUAUUUGCCUACUCGUGUUACAAGCAAGUUGGAAAGCAACACCUUAGUAGAAAAACAAUGGCGACAGUUGAAAGAAGUGUUUGUCAACCAGAUAUAUUCAGAUGUAAAGCACAAUACAGGUUUAGAAAUCAGAAGUUUUAUAUUAGAAAGUUAUUAUAAUUGGAUAGGAAAGUCACGGGGUGGAAACGCUAAUAUUCUAAAGAUAUCUUUACGAGAUAAAGUUUUAUGGUUCUUAGAAGAACUAUCUGAAAUUGUACCUAAUCCGUCCAUUAUGAAAAUGGGCCAAUUAAUGGAUUUCAAUACGCAAAAACUGCUAAAACAAUAUUUACUUACAAAGAUGGACGUUGUGGUUUUAAAUAUGAAAAAUGUCAUGACGGUGUUGAAAUCAAUAAAAUCCGACAGUCUAAAUAGCGAGCAAUUGUUUAAAAUUUUUGAGCUUAACAUUUCUCAAGCUGGUAAUUAUAAAAUUCUCAGACAAUUGUUACCAGAUAUUUUUGACAUAGAAGACGAAAGUAUCACCGAGCAUCUUAUUUUACUAGACUAUGUUAAUCAAGCCGUGCAUAAAGAGUACCGUGAAAUAUUAGCCGACGGAGCACAAGGAAAUUUGGAAAAGUCAGUAAUAGAAAAAAAUUCUUACUACGAUAUACUGUUUGAUAACUGGCAAAGAGAUUUGAAAAAUUUAGAAAAACUAGAUAUACUAAAAAAAACUAAAGAGCAUGAUUCUACAAUCGCAGAAUUUAUGACGGAUAGCAAUGAAAGUAGUAAAACAGAAAUGAAAUCUAAAGACACUUUUAAAAUGCCUAAGAAAAACGAAGAUGUUAAAGUUGGAAAAUUCGAAGACUUUGAAUAUUUUAUAUUAACAGAAAUAGAAAAAGCUGUAAGGAAUUCGGAACAAAAUAGUAUUCGAAAAUAUCAAGAACCCAUUGAUAUUUCAAGAGACGCAGUAGAUAGCGCAAGUAACGAAAUCGUUAACUUGAACAAUGUUAUUUUAAAUGUUUCUUCUCAGAAUCAAAGCGAGGUUGAUGAAUUAAAAAAUAGAAUAAAAUAUCAUAUUGAACUUAUGAGAAAUAAAGAAGCGUCCAAAGAUUUUAAAAAUCAAAUAUGGAUGUCCGAAAAAGAAAAAAGCAAGCAUUCUGUUCGCAUUAAACAAGAAAUAAAAACUUCCACUUCAGAUUUUAAUUCUGUAGAAGAGAGUAAAUCGCAAGAUAGUCAAAAAUAUGUAAUUGAAGUUGAAAGUAAGAAUGUCGAUGUACAGAAGCAUGAGAGCAAACAUAUCGACGAUGAAUUAUAAUAAAAGCUUUCAAAUGUUAAGAUGAAUUAUAAAUAUUAAAAAAAAAAUAAAUAAAUAGAUUUCUAAAUGUUACGAUCCUGGCAAUCCUACCCACACUACAUUUGAUAUUUUUGCACUAAAACUCAAAUGUGUGUGCAGUGAGCUUUAAUGUUUUUAUAUACAGGAAAUCUUUUAGGAAAAGAAUGAGUUAUUUAAUGAAGAAAAAAUAUUAUGAACGACCAGACUAUAUCAGCAUAAUGCUAAUUCUGUUAAACUUGGUGCUCAAAAGAGAAUCCAAUUUCAUUUGUUAUUUGAAAAAGAAACGUAGCAAAGUUACAAGGAAAUGAACAACACAUGUAGACAGCGAGUGCAAAAUAUUUCUCCUAACGAGGUUGUGAAAGAAUAUUCUGUUAAGGCUUCGACAGAUGUAAAUUUUAUAUAUACCACUUAAUAAUUAAUAUAGUAUAUUUCUUGUACACACUACAGUACAACAUAUUGUUUUCUCCUUAGGAAAGGAAUUACGGUUCUAUUUUUAUUUUUCAUUUUUCUGUACUUCAAACAUGUGCCAUGAUGUAUAAAUGAAUACUUCAACAAAUAAUGGGUAUUGUGCUGUUUUUCUAUAGUGCAACAUUAUCUUAUAUUCUCAUCGAGAAUAUAGAUAACGUUUAUUAGAAAAUAGUUUUAAAUUAUGUAUAACUAUACAAUCUGUGUUUUGUUUUUAAGAUAAAAAUGGUGGCAGAUUGGUUAUCUAUUCAAAUGUAAUUACUUGUUUCGCUUAA